GACAAAACCUGCUAAUGAAAAUAUAGACACAAAGAAUUCAAUAUAUAAAAUAGACUGCGACUGCGUUAAAUGCUACAUCGGUGACUCAUCAAGAUCGGUUAAAUGUAGAAUGAAAGAACAUAAAGACUAUAUAUAAUAAAGAGAGAUAUCUUAAUAUCGCCACUAAGCGAGCAUGUAUGAGAAACAGGACAUAGGAAAAAUGGGAGGAAGUCUCAACACUACAUAAAGAGGAUAACAUUUACAAAGGGAAUGGACCGUGCAUUUUUUAUCCAGAUUCACUUUGCUCCAGAAAUGUGGAAAAAAGUGAGAGAAGAUAGGAAAUUGAAGAAUAAUGCUUAUCCAACAAUUUUCUCUUUCACUAAAGCCAAACCUAAGAGAAAGCCCCCGACACAAAGAGAAGCUCCUGCAAGUGUCUCACCUAUUGUUGUGGAUAACGAAGAAGAAAUUGUUGAUCCUACUUCUACAAAAAAAAUGACAGUUCCAAGUAAAUCACACUCUUUUGACUCCUCUGAAAGUCAAGUGUAUGAUGCUGAUAUGUCUAAAUCCCGGAUACCCUUUAAUACAUUGGGCAGUUGUUUUCAGGAAGCUCAAGUGAUGAAAGAACUAUGUCAGGAUCUGCUGUGAUAUGGAAAUACUUUGACAUAGUUUGUUCUUUGUUCUCAAAAUAUUAAUGUGAAAGAUUUUUUUGUUAAUGAAAUGAAAGAAAUAGUAGAUACC